GAGCCAGCGCGCGGAAUGGGGUCCGCCCCCGGCCGCCGCCGCCGCCUCCCCGCCAGAGCGCCCGGAUAAAGGUUCCGUUCCGUGCGCAGUGCGGCUCGGUGCGACGCUGCUGGCAGAGGAGGAGGCCGAGUCCGUGGCCCAGGCGGCGCCAGAACAGCCUGGCAUCCCCCGAGUCGCCGCCGUGGUGGGGGGAGAGCUCUGAGGCGGACGCCGCCGCGGGCGAGAUGUCGGGGGGAACGGGAGGCCCCUCGACCCGGGGCUCUGGCGGCGGCGGAGGGUUGAGCCGCGAGCUGUGCCGCGCCUUCGGCCAUUACAACCGGCACCUGGCGCGGCUGCAGCACAACCUGCGCGAGACGAAGAAGUUCUUCCGCGACAUCAAGUACUCCCAGGGCCCCGGCGCUGCCUCUGCUGCCGCCGCCGCCGCUACCCCUGGGCCGGCCGGGGAGGAGCCGCGGCCUCAGCAGGAGCAGCCCUCCCCAGAUGUCUGUGCCCCUGUUGGUGAGGGUCCCUCGCUGCAGGCCGGGCAGCUGAGCUCUAUUGCCUUUCCCCGGCGUGAAGAGGAGUAUCUCCAGCUGACAGUAAGCUGUCACCCAUGCCUUUUAAUCUUUGGUCAGAACUGCAAUGCCAAAUGUCAGUUAGUCAACAUGCUUUUGGGUGAGAGACUGCUACCGACCUCCAAAGUUAGCAGUGAGGAGAACUGUAAGAGGCGUCGAAUUCGCUUCACACAUGGAAGACAAACACGGAUUAGUUUGGCUCUUCCAGGACAGUAUGAAUUGGUUCACAACUUGGCAGCUCAUCAAGGCAGAUGGGAAACGAUACCAGAAGAGGACUUAGAAAUCCACUGCGAUAAUGAAGAUCUUGCACACCAGAUUGCAGAGCUGGAGGUUACACUGAAUCACACUUUAUUACAGGAAGUGGACAUUGUGGUAGCUCCGUGUCGGGGAUUCCAGUCAGCCGAAGUCACUUUGGGAGAAUACGUGAACCAUUUCCUUCCAGUCAUUACGUUUGCUAUCAGUGAGGCAGAACUCUCCACACUGGAUGUGAAUGAACUGCAGGAGAUUAAAGAGAAAUUCUCUCUGCCUGUCUUCUUUUUCAAAGUGCCAAAUUUGGGUGCUGAACUGAUAUCCCCUCAGAAUGCGGAGAAUGAAAAGUCGUCCCUUUACCGGCAGCUGCUGGAUUUAGGCUACCUUAGUACAAACCAUUGCAGCUGUGGAGCUCCCAGCUCUGAUGCCAAAGCCCAGAGCAUGCUGGUGGAACAAUCGGAUAAGAUCCGUCUUCUUAGCACUUUCUCCAGGCAGGUGCUGCAGCAGCGCUUGGUGGAUGCAGCGACCGUCUUGAACCUAGUGCACUGCCGUUGCCUGGACAUUUUCAUCAACCAGGCCUUUGAUAUGCAACGAGACCUUCAGAUCACUCCAAAGCGUCUAGAGUACACACGGAAAAAAGAGAACGAGCUGUAUGAAUCUCUGAUGCUCAUAGCUAACCGCAAACAAGAGGAGAUGAAGGACAUGAUCAUUGAGACUCUCAAUAACAUGAAAGAAGAACUGCUGGAAGAUGCUGCUAAUAUGGAAUUCAAAGAUAUUAUAGUUCCUGAAAACGGAGAGCCUAUUAGUUCCAGAGAUGUUAAAUGUUGCAUUAAGCAAAUCCAAGAACUGAUAAUAUCACGGUUAAACCAAGCAGUUGCCAACAAGUUGAUAAAUUCUGUGGACUAUCUGCGGGAGAGCUUUGUGGGAACUCUGGAAAGAUGUCUGAAGAGUCUGGAGAAAUCUCAGCAAGAUGUUACAGUACAUAUCACAAGCAACUAUCUAAAGCAGAUACUGAAUGCAGCCUACAAUGUUGAGAUCACCUUUCACUCCGGUUCAACAGUAUCUAGAAUGCUAUGGGAACAAAUCAAGCAGAUAAUACAGCGGAUUACUUGGGUGAGCCCACCAGCUAUCACCACAGAGUGGAAAAGGAAAGUAGCUCAGGAUGCCAUUGAGAGUCUCAGCGCAUCAAGGCUGGCCAAGAGCAUCUGUAGCCAGUUCCGAACAAGACUAUACAUUUCUCAUGAUGCUUUUGCAGCUUCCUUGCGACAGCUAGAGGCUGGCCACUCGGGCAGGCUGGAGAAGACAGAAGAUCUUUGGUUGAAGGUGCGAAAAGACCAUGCCCCUCGGCUUGCCCGCCUCUCACUGGAAAGCAGGUCCUUACAGGAUGUUUUGUUACAUGGUAAACCAAAGCUAGGCCGUGAGCUGGGCCGAGGGCAGUAUGGAGUGGUGUACUUGUGCAAUGCCUGGGGGGGCCACUUCCCUUGUGCCCUCAAAUCUGUUGUUCCACCAGAUGAGAAGCACUGGAAUGACCUUGCACUUGAGUUUCACUAUAUGAGAUCUUUACCAAAGCAUGAGCGGUUGGUAGAUCUUCAUGGAUCAGUGAUAGAUUAUGGGUAUGGUGGAGGUUCCAGCAUUGCUGUUCUACUGAUAAUGGAACAAUUGCACAGAGACCUCUAUACAGGAUUAAAGGCUGAGUUGACAUUGGAGAUAAGAUUGCAGAUUGCCUUGGAUGUAGUAGAAGGGAUUCGAUUUCUUCACAGCCAGGGGCUCGUUCACAGAGACAUCAAGCUUAAAAAUGUAUUGCUUGAUAAAAACAGCAGAGCUAAAAUCACAGACCUGGGAUUCUGCAAACCUGAGGCGAUGAUGUCCGGCAGUAUUGUUGGGACCCCUAUCCAUAUGGCUCCUGAACUCUUCACGGGGAAAUAUGAUAAUUCUGUGGAUGUAUAUGCAUUUGGCAUCUUGUUCUGGUACAUCUGUUCGGGUCAAGUCAAGUUACCAGAGGCUUUUGAGAGAUGUGCAAGCAAGGACCACCUUUGGAACAAUGUACGAAGAGGAGUACGUCCCGAACGCCUUCGUAUUUUUGAUGAGGAGUGCUGGCAGCUGAUGGAAGCCUGUUGGGAUGGAGACCCUUCUCAACGCCCACUCCUGGGCAUUGUCCAGCCCACCUUGCAGAACAUAAUGGACAGGCUUUGCGGGUCAAACUCAGCACCGUUGAAUAAAGGAUUAGAUGACUCUACUUGAAAAACAAGCCAUGGAGGAACUGUUCUAUUACGUGAGAAUGCCGGCCCCCACUUUGGCGUGGGCAGCUCAAGAGGGUAGCUUUUCUGAAGAGAGACUGGCCAGAAAUUGGGCACUUGGGUGAGACGAUACCGAAAUUCCACCUCAUAGCAGCCAGGGACAUUCAUCCCCAAUACACUACUAAUGCAAGUUGCUAGUGCUUCCCUCUUCCCUUAAAACGCAAGAAAGAUGGGAAAUUCAGGCCUUGCUGUCUGGAAAGGAUUUUGCUUAUCCCCUUCAGAUUCCAGUAAAAGGAAGAAAGCACUGUAUGUUUCAUAACUGGGGCAGCCAGCACGUCUGCAUCCCUAGCUUCAGUCUGCUAUAUGUCUGCAAUGGCUCCCUUGAAGGUCACAAACAUGAAUGUGGAUUAUUGGAAGACAUAAAGUAGUAUCUCUAUUUCAUAGGAUGGGUUUUCCAGCUAUUCUUAGCGUGGAUUCUGAGGGGUGUUAAGCUAAUAUUAACUUCAUAGUACUUGGUAUGUUUACAUGGAAGGAUCAAAGCAUCCAUUCUCUUGAGGGGAAGGCCACACUGCAAUGGAAAUGCCCUUUAAAAAAAGUAUAAGCUACCUGUGCUUUAUCUUGUGAACCAAGCUCUUUUUGGUAAACGCUUAGUAGCAAUUUUUGCAACAUCUGAUUAAAGAUGGCCUUUUUAUUUUUAUUUUUACAAUCUUACAGCAAGAUGGGUACUCCACCAAAAAAGACUCUGCACAUACAGAAAUUGAAACAUAAAUUGCUUGCAACUAACUACUGCCUGUACCCAGUGGACAACUAGCAGGCCAUGUUUUUAACUACAGCAGUUUUCUUGUUUUGAACCCAAGUAUAAAGGCAGUGACUGUUUUAAACUAAUUAUUGACAGGCAUUUUAAAAUAUUUCUUCAGCUACUUUUUUUAAGCCAUUCCCUUGGAGAAUACCUAAGAGAGACCUGACAUCAUUCCAUAGAUGUGCAUGAUUGCUAUUUCUGACCAUUUCCUUCUUUAGGGUUUGUUGUUUGGCUGUGUUAGACUAUGUUAAUUUAGGAAUCCAUUGCAGGGAGCACAUGGGGAGGACAGUCCAGAGUCCUGCAAAAUGAAGGGUUCUUUCUCAUGUACUUAACGCACCCCUGAGAGAAAGAUGUGUUUGCAUUUGUUUGUGCAAGACUUAGUUUCUUAGUACAACAAUGUUUUGAGGAGAGGUGUGGGAUGAGCUGGAGAAUGCAAUUGGCGUAAGGUCAAAACCUUAUUCUCCUUCUUCCACACAAUGAGGCAUGCACUGGUUUCAUCGUCAUAGGAUAAUUGAGUGUGCACUAUACAAAGCCAAUCAGACAUGCAACAUACAGUCCAUUGCUUCUGUUGCACAAAGCAGAAUUACAGCCUCUUGCCUGUUUACAUAAACUACUAGAGACAAAAGUGACCUUGCAGUGUUACUGGCCCAGCCUAGACCCUUCCUGUGUGCAAUAAAAUUGAAACUGUGCUUUUAAAAUGAUUGCUUUUUACUUAAUGGGCAUUCAUUGCUAGGUGAUGAUCUAAACUGUAUUCGCACUUCUGUCUACAAAUUGUAGCACCUGGCAACUUGAAUGGGCAGUGACGGUUGCCAACCAUGCUCACAAAAAAGCACAUAUAUUCUCAAAUAGAUAUUAGAAAUGUCACUUAUGUGCUAGCUAGGCCACUGUUCCACUCAUUUGACAGUAUUACUCAUUUCAUACCCAUUUAUUCUGUGCUACAGUGGCUAGUGACCUUGUUUAGAGUUAGGAGGGUCUAGGUCAGUAUUUUUGGAAGUAUAUAGUUUAUGUAAAAUUACAAUGAAUAAAACUAUUUGAAAACGGCUUGUAUAGCUUUUCCCAAACAGCCACUUCCUUAUUCUAUAAUAUCCUGUGCCUUUUUGAAAACUUGAGUUGAAGUAGUGUAUCAAAUUCCACUAGGACUGUCUUCCCCAUGGACACCUCUGGCUCAGUACACCUUUCCCAAUGUACAACAAUGCAUGUGCUCCUUUGUUAGGCAUAAAUGUUAAUUAUUCUGAGCAGCUCUGAAUCAGAUUUCACAGGCCCCCUGACAUGCCUCACAAGAGGGAAGAGAUGGGUUUUGUGUCGUCUAAAGAUCUUCUAGUUAAAGCACAUUUGACUUCGAUUAAAACCUUUGUUCAUAUUUGGCAAUACUGUAUGCUUUCUCUACAUUACUACCACCCUUGUGGCCUAAGAAGCAUGCAUUUUGAACACACUAACAUUUUUCAUAGCUGUUUCAAUAGAGGCAAACAGAUGCCACUACCAGGUAUUAUGGUAGGGGUAAUGGUGGCUAUCUGUGUAUUCAGGCCAGCUGUGAGUGCAGAGCAUCUAUCACUGCGAUCCCACUCCAGUUACUUGACAAAAAGCAUUAAACUGAAGAUCUGUUAGAAGCAACUCCUGGUUGUUGUUGUUUUAAAAACAAAGUUAUUGUUGUGCUCACGUACAACUAUCUUAUGCACUGCAAAAUACCUCUUCUCUCCCCACCUGCCUCUUAAGUUAGCUUCAUUACCCACUUUCUUCUGUACCCAAAAGGAAACUUUGUUUACUAAACUGUAUUAUGCAACGUUUACAGGUUGCCACUGACUGGAUGGCUAAAGCAGGUGCUCCAAAAGAGAGGUUUCUUUAGAGUUGGAAACAUGAUACAUCAAACUAGUUUACAAAAACAAGUAUACUUACAGAAAGCAGAGCUGGAGGAAUCCAUAGUGGUGCUAGUAGCUCAUGGUUCAAAGAUGGAGCUAUUCAAAGCUACCCAAUUGCUAGGCCACUUAUUUCUGCUUUGGAUAUUGUGGCCAAUUUAGGCUCUGGAUACAAACACUACAUAGGAUUCAAAUGAGUGAAAGCAAGGCUUGAAUGCAAUGUCACAUUGCCAUGUUGCGAUGCUGGAGUGUUGCCCUCAGCUUGCUAGUGCAUUGCUGCUGUCUAUCACAUUGCUGUCUAGUGCAGUGGAUUAUGGGAGCUUUUGUUUGGCAACUGACCAUUUUUGUGUGUGUUUCCUCCAUCUGUAGUACUUCUAGUGACUUGAUUAUACAAUGCAAGCCCUUCUAGCUUGUUGAAUUCAAGUGCAAGCUAUUCUAUUUAUCUUUUUUUUAGCACUUUUGUGUUCAUCCUUCUCUCAGCCCCUUCCCUCCUGGAUAGUAUUUGGAGGCUCAGAAGCUGCUUGAAUGUAGGCUCUUGUAGGGUGACUGUCCGUUAAUGGAAGGACCAUCAGUACUGAAUCCCAAUCUAAUGUGGUUCUCUGUUGAGCUUUCACUUUUAGAGAUGUACAUAAUGCCUUCUCUGUAUCUACUGGUCUCCUGGCCAGUUGUCCUCGCUUUGUUAUUUUUUAAAUUUUAAUACUAUGAUUUUUCCCCCUCCAGGGAGAGAAUAAGAGCACAGCAGCAUUUAAAACUCCCUCAGGGGCUUAAAUAGCACUGUAUUUCUUGACCUUCUAAUGCUUCCCUUUGUUUUGGUUCUAUUAAACUGAUGGUCAACUGUUACAACUUGGCUAUUGGGGGAGGUAGAAACCUGAGUUAAGAGUUGUACAGUUCCAUUGUAAUGCCUAUAGAUUUUUGUACUACUUUUAUUUUUUAAAAAACUUAUGUAUAUUAGUGUUAAAGGCAAAGGUAACAAACUUACCAACUGUAUAGGAAAAGUGCAAUAACAUGGAAAAUGACAUGAUUGAGAAAAAUAUUUCCCUUGUAUUCUGUAAUACUAAUUGACUCUCCACUGCAGCCCCUUCCCCCAUUACGUGUAUUUUAAGAGACGUGACUGUGGGUCAAGACUUCAUUUAGUGCUAUAAUGAAAGUCUGUUUUAAUAGAGAGUAGAAUGCACAGAAGUGCUGUAUAAUAAAGGUUGCAUUAACAUUU